AUGGCCCUCCGAGUUCCCGGAACCUCAUUGCUCUCGUGGGGAAGCCCCCUCAGCCGGCGGGUACUUCUUCCUACUUGCAGUCGGCAGUUCACCUCGACCGCCAAUACCGCGCUUCCGCUCCCAGCGGCACUCAAGGUGUCUGCGUCGUCGCCGUCCAAGGUCGCCGGAAGGAAGAGGGCGCGGUAUCAAUUCCGCCCGCCGCGAUUCUACAGGGGUCCGUUCUCACCCGUACAGCCUCCCAAGCCGUCGGCGCCUAACUCGAGGUUGUUCGUGCCUGGGCCAUUUACUUCUGAGCGUCUCCAGGAUCAUUACUACACAACUAUAGCUCCGGACCUUUUGACAAUGACAUAUGUUCACUUGCCAAAGGGAUACCAGCCCCGCGACUACUCGUUCCGUCACCGAGAGUGGGACGAUUCAUCCCCGUACCAUGCCGGACUGCAUACGAUGGUACGUGAUGCGCUGAAAGAUUCGGCGUUCCUUCAUGCGGCUGGUAUGGUGGUGCAGAGCAUCACUGGUGCGAGGGCAAGCGUGCAUUACUCCAAGGUCAACAUUGCCGCCUUUGAGUUGCGUGCGCAGAAGGCGUGUGCGGUUACGAGCACCGUCAAGGGGCCGCUGGCGUAUAGAUUUAUGAGCUCCUUGAUCGAUGUUGUGUUGCCAAGGAUAAAGGAUUACGAUGGUGUGUCGAUGAAGUCUGGAGACUCAACGGGAAACAUCAGUUUUGGAUUUACACCUGAGGCUGUUUCUCUUUUCCCCGAGAUUGAAGUAAAUUAUGAUAUGUACCCCCCAAGAAUGGUUCCAGGUUUGCAUGUGACUGUCCACACCUCUGCAAAGACCGAUCGGGAUGCAAAGCUACUUCUCAUGUCGAUGGGAGUACCUUUCACCACUAAAGGGAAGUCAAAGAAGAAAUAA